AUGAAGAGAUGGGAGAUCACGCUACCAUGCGGGCAAACACCCUCCGAUGGACGGACUAGCAGCUGCCAGGGAGACAGAAAGGGCAGAAGAGCGAGUGAAGGCAAUCGAGUCUAUUCAGAUCCAACAGCGAUAGAAAGCAAGAUUGGGCCCACGAAAGGAGAAGAUCGUCAAUCAAAAUGGGCGAUUAUCAACCAUGGCGAAAAUCCUCGGGUUUUUCCCAAUUUAAAGUUCCCCCAGCUGCCACGCCUCUCCGGGCUCUCAGUGGGCAUAUUUUGGAGUGGAAUGGCCACAUGGUCUGUGCUCGCCAACUUAUGCCCAGACAGAGCACUGAAGGAAGAGCCCAGCAAUGUCCCAAACCAUACUAGCAGCCGGGGAGGGGGGGGGGUUCCAUCCCAAGACGGGAGAGGAGCCUGGAUUGAAUUUGGGUUUCUUGGGGGGGUGGGUGGUGGUGUGGAUUUUGGGGGAGGGAAGGAAGACACUAGUACAGUAGUAGCCAUCAUGAUUUUCGACCGUUCAAUGGAUGGGGCAUGCCAAUUGGGUCGGAGAGCAGCAGCUGAUCAAUCAGACUGCAGCCUGCAGCCGGACCCAUCAACUCAGGUCUUCUUCUUCCCUUGUCCAUCCAUCAUCUACAGACGAAUGGAGAUUGCUUCUGCGUUUGGUUACACCUUUCUUGACCUGUUUUCAAUCCCCAGAAAAGCUAUGGUAUCCCGGUUGUUUCCCAUCUUUCACUCAGCUUCUUCCCCUUCCUCCCCUUCCACCACCACUACCACCACCAUUAUUAUUGUUGCAUCGUCAUCGGUAGCCACUCAUCUCCUUUUUUUCUCAAAACUGAGUUCUUACUUACAGAGUGGCUCCGGUGUAUUAGCUAGCUACAACUUCUCUACUAGCCAUCUAGUCCACUGUUACUUGCUAUCCUCGAACUCAAGUCCGCUUAAUGUUCCUGGCGCCAAUCAUGGACCCUUUCGUCACUAA